AGGAGGUCCAGCCCUGCACAAGCGCUGGAGGGGGUAAAAAGAGUACAGUAGUCGCAUGAAGUUUCGGAGAGUUUCGAAAUUCUCACGUGGGCCGUUUUUAUUUGUGUGCUCGGGUCCUUAAUAACUGCAUUUAAUAACCGUGAGUCAAAGUGGGGCUGCGCUGUGGCGGAGUCGUGGGCGAGGAGGGUAGUGCAGUUACGCUCCUGUAGGGACUUUAUUUACGGAGUUAAUUCAGCGCACAAGACACACAUGGACGAGCACCAACGGGAGCUCUUUUCUCAGAGAUAUCUUUACUGGCGGCGUGAAUGGCAUCUGAGGUUCAGGGGGUCGUGACUAAUGAGCAGUCGUGCGCAGUGAUAAGCUGCUGAGAUGGUGCCGGAGGUUCUUAAACGUAAUGCAAAGAAGACAUCGUUCAAGCGCCUUAUGAAAACAUAUACCGGAUUUGAAUAAAGUUACGUGGAUGGAUUGUUUUUUAUGAGCCCAACUCACUGACAGCCUCGAAGAAACUAUAUAAACUUGGAGCUGAAGCGUCUUUACUGAUUAUCUGAUUAUAGCCACAAUUCAGGACAGUGGGCGAGAAUCGCAAGAAGCGUUUUGUUUUGGGAAGAUAUGCGCGCUCGGGGGGAGGUUUUGCGGUGGGCUGCCUUAUUGACGCUCUUCCUUCUGUCAGUCCAAGGUUUCCCCACCAAAAAGCACAGGACAAGUAACCCUAAGACGAGGAGCAGCGCGUCUUUGGCGGCUGGAGGCCAGGCCGGCUCCGUAGAUGUCGGGCAGAUGCUCGAGGAGCUCCAACAGGAGAACCAGCUGAGGAGUAAAUCGCCUCCACACCAGCACAAGCGGAGAUGGUCUCAGCUGCGCUCAGACAGAGCUCUCUCCAAGCCUGUGCCCAAGGAAGAGGAGCCGUUCAUCUUAGAUCUGAAGAACUUUCCUGACCUUGCCAAUGCUGACCUGGGCUCACAGAAUCCAAACAUUCAGGUGACCAUCGAGGUUGUGGACGAUCCUCAGACGGAGGUCGAGAUGGACCUGGCCAAGGAGGGCAGGAACGACUGGCCCCUGAGCUCCGAGGAGUGGCUGGGUCACAAGAAGCUCUUCUGGCCGCUCUUCUGGGAGUACCGCGACUCCAGCGAGGAGAGCCCGGACCGGGCCAGUCUGGAGGACAACGGGGAGGACCUAGACUAUGACGGGGACGACUCUCUUCUGAGUGGAGUGGGACUGGACUGGGGCAACCGCCGGAAGGGCUGGGACUCAGUGGAGAAUUACGAGUACGAGGAGGAGGAGUGGAGCGACUGGUCGCCGUGCAGCGUCACUUGCGGCCACGGCAACCAGAAGAGGGUCCGCUCAUGCGGAUACGCUUGCACCGCUACUGAGUCGCGCACGUGUGAGCUGCAACACUGCCCCGGUGACGUGAACGCCGUGACGGAGCUCGCGCCGCAUCGGACGGCGAACGGCACUGACGCUCUCGAUACAGAUGUGGACAGCUGCGAGAAGUGGCUGAGCUGCAAGAACGACUUCCUGCAGAAGUACCUCCACCAGGUCCUGACCGAGCUCCCGGGCUGCCCGUGCGCCUACCCCUCCGAGGUCGUCUACAGCGCCGUCAACGUCUUCGACGAGCGGCUGCAGAAGUCGUACCGCUGGCGCGACGCCAGCGGCCCCAAGGAGCGCCUGGACAUCUACAAACCGUCGGCGCGCUCGUGUGUGCGCUCCAUGCUGUCGCUGGACAGCACCACGCUGGCGGCGCAGCACUGCUGCUAUGACGAGCGCAUGCGGCUGAUCACGCGCGGCAAAGGUGCCGGCGCGCCCAACCUCAUCAGCACCGAGUUCUCGCCGGAGCUCCACUACAAGGUGGACGUGCUGCCCUGGAUCCUGUGCAAGGGAGACUGGAGCCGCUUCCACCAGGUCCGGCCGCCCAACAACGGGCUGCGGUGUCCCGAGAACCCCCGGGAGGACGUCUACAUCAACGAGCUGGAGGAGGCGCGGGAGUACUGA